CAGCACCAUUUCCAUCCACCUGGCACCUGCAGCCCAUGAUGUCAGCAAAGUAAUUGUAAUUCACGCCGUCUAGAACUUCACUAGCGGGCCGCAACUCGCAUAAAAUAAUGGUGGCGUUCAGAGCACGCAUAGCCGCCCAAGCAAAGCCAACUUUGGCUAAGUAAGGCUUACCUAGCGAAGCGAGUUCGCGCGAGAUCCCCUCGAUCUUUCCAGUCUUUCUUGGGAGCUUCCGGGGCUAGCUCGGUGUGCCGAGCUAAGGCAAGAAAGCAUUGGAUAGCGCGUGGGUUGUGAUGUGUAAGGUACGGUACCCUCUUGGGAUGCUCUUCUUCCUUUUCGCUCCACCAAAACGUUGCUCAUCCUACGCCGGGGUAACGGAGUUGAUGCAUCCCAUGGGCCGGAGCCCAGUCCGGCUCACCGCUAGGCCCCAUGCACCGUUUCCGAAAGGGGCAUUAGAGGCAAGUUGGCAAGGUCCAAAAGAGACCUGCAUUCAAAAGUCUCUGAUUGCCCCCCAAUCAUGUUUGCCGCCGAUCUCAAUUGAGUUGUUGGAGCGGAGCUAUUACACGCAGACACACGGCAGAGAAAACUUGAUGAGUGUGGAAGAAAGAGAGAGCGAAAGAAGAAGAACAGCCCCCAGCCCAAGUCUCAACUCGUUCUACGUUCGUCUUAGCGGCAGCCCCAACCGAACGCCAUCGAUGUCAAGACAUUGCGAUCCCCGCCCCAUGUUUGCCGGUCCUGUCUCCACAUGAGCUUACGGAUAGGCCCAAAACAUGCAAACAAUGGGCAAGGGUGUGGACGAGAGAAGGUCCAAGUAGAAGAAGCUUAUGCAGAA